AGCCACCGAGAAGAAGAAGAAGAAGAAGAAGAAGAAGAAGAAGAAGAAGAAGAAGAAUUGCUUCGAUAUCUUCUUUCUUCUUGUUUCUCUCUUCCCUCAUAGAAGCGACCACAGAGCAGCGGAAGCAGCAGAGAUGAGCGAACGCGAGGCACGCGAUUUGAUGAGUGUAGACUCCUUCUCACAGCUCCCCUUCAUCCGUCCGGGCCCGAAGCCUUCCACCGCUGCUUCCGGCAUCCGCCUGUUUGGCAUCGAAGUCCCGCACCACCAUAACGCCGAAGAAGACAACGCCUCCAAAGACCACGCUGCCACCGCCACCACCAGCACUAACGGAGGAGGCGAGACUGCACGGAAGUUCGAGUGCCACUACUGUUGUCGUCACUUUCCGACAUCGCAAGCGCUCGGCGGGCACCAAAACGCCCACAAGCGCGAGCGUCAGCACGCGAAGCGAGCCCACCUCCAGUCCGCCGCCAUUGCCGCAGUCCACCACAGCCAGGCGGCCAUCUACGGCCAUCACGUCCACGGCCUCUUCAAUUACCACCACCCCCUUACCCCGCUCUCCCCCGCCGCAGCCCGCUUAGCCGUCGACUCCUCUGCGAUUCCCCCGCGCUACCCUUACGGGCACACUGCCAACGCUCGCUCCGGUGCUUGUUUCCACGGCUGUCUUGGCCCGGUGGCUCAGCCCAUCACCGUCAGCCCGUUGCCGGGCCUCUGGAGAGCCCCCGGCAUCGUGCAUGGUGCCGCCGCGAGCGUAGAAUUGAUCCAUGGCCACUCUCGCGUCCCUUCAGCCGUCGCCAGAGGAGAUCACGAGCCAAGAUUCACAGGAUCAUUUGACGGAGGUGUCAGAAUGAUGGGUGGCAACAAUCUCGACACUGCUGCUGCUUCUUCUGCGACUCCCAAAACCCAAUUCGCUCACCAGUUGAUGCCCAACAUGAAGGAGAACGUGAGCUUGGAUUUGCACCUGUGAUCAGUAUCAUCUUUCUCCUUUCCUUUCUUCUUCUUCUUCUUCUUUUCAUUCUUACUCAGCUUCUUCCAUCAUGCCGUUGUAUCGUUGAGAGAUCAAUAUAGCAUCUUCUUUGGCAGA